AUAAUGUAAAUGUAUUAUAUCACGACUGAUAAACGAGCACUGCCGCGAUCCGGGUCAAUCUUUCCAAGAGUCGAAACACUCAAACACAGUAGUACAGAACACAGUGAACAUUUAUAACUUAUAAUCGUGUAAUAUACCAGAGAUUUAUUACCCGGCUGUCGCGAUGACGACGGAGCUUUUUAGACUUAACUCGUUCGUUCGCCGCCUGACCGUCUAAACUUCACGAAACUCCGGCGCACUUUUGUGUAUUUUUCUCAACUAAUCCCCACGUCCAAUAUGCAUUAUGUGAAAUAGUGUGGACACCUGUUGCUAGUUUUCUAUUGCGAAUUCCGGUCGUUAAGACUUCCGUGUCGUCGCCUCGUAAUAAUAAAGCUACGAUGGACAACAUACUCGUCGAUGAACGUGAAGAUGUUCAAAAGAAAACAUUUACCAAAUGGAUAAAUUCACAACUGUCAAAAGAAAAUCACGAAGUCAUAUCUGACUUAUUUUUGGAUCUACAGAAUGGUACUAAACUACUUUAUUUGUUAGAAAUUCUAACUGGCAUUCAAAUUAAACCAGAAAAAGGAUGUAUGAGAGUUCACCAUCUAAAUAAUGUAAAUAAAGCAUUACAAAUAUUGGAGCAAAAUAAUGUGAAGUUGGUGAAUAUAAGUAGUAAUGAUAUAGUUGAUGGCAGUCCAAAACUAAUUUUAGGAUUAGUAUGGAGUAUUAUAUUGCAUUGGCAGGUUGAUUGUCAUUUGAAAGAAUUAAUGUCUGAAUCACAGCAAACAAACUUAGAAAAGACAUUAUUGGUAUGGUGUCGUAAAAAUACAGAAGGUUAUGAUGUUGAUAUUAAAAAUUUUACUACAAGUUGGUCAGAUGGGUUAGCAUUUUGUGCUUUGAUACAUAAAUUUAGAUCUGAUCUUUUAGAUUAUGAUACUGUUUUAAAACAACAUCCAAAUGCUAGACUUGAAAAUAUAUUUUCUGCUGCUCAUCAGAAUUUAAAUAUUGAACGUUUAUUAGAUCCUGAAGAUGUUAAUACUUCUAUCCCAGACAAAAAAUCUAUUAUGAUGUAUGUAAUGUGCUUGUUUCAAAGACUAUCUCAACAUUCAUAUGAAAUGGGAUCUUCAAAGUCUGAUAUACAAUAUGAAGAUAAAUUUAAAAAGUCUGAUGAAAGGCCAUUGAGUAUGUUAACAAAUAUUUCGGUUGAACUUGGCGGUUAUCAAACUGCAUUAGAAGAAGUUUUAACAUGGUUACUAGAAGCUGAAGAUCGUUUGCACCAGUCAGAAAAAACACCAGAAGAACUGGAGGGUGUUAGGGAAAUAUUUCACAUGCAUGAAAAUUUUCUUAUUGAAUUGUCGCAUCAUCAAGAAGGAGUUGGUUCAAUAUUAGAAGAAGGAGCUAGAAUGUUAGCUGAUGGUGGUUUAACUGAAGAAGAAGAACAAGAAGUUCGUAUUCAAAUGGAAUUGUUAAAUUCACGAUGGGAAAAAUUAAGAAUUACUGCUAUGGAAAGACAAACAAAAAUUCAUGAAUCUUUAAUGGGCAUCCAGCAAAAACAAUUAGAUGAGUUACGUUUGUGGUUAACACAAACUGAAGAUCGUAUAUCACGUUUGUCACAAUCUGCAAAAAUGGAUGUUGACUGCUUGCGUUCACAACUUGAAGAACAUUCUACACUCAGAGCUGAUUUAAGGAAACAGCAGCUAUCAGUUGAUUCAUUAUCUAAUCUUGUGGUAGUUAUUGAUGAAAAUACAUUUCCUGAUUCUGUGCACGUACAAAUGGAAGAUGAAUUAUCUGCAUUGGGUGAGCGUUGGGCUCAUAUUUGUAAAUGGGCUGAAGAAUAUGGUGUUAAGUUACAGACAUUAUUAAUGAAAUGUAGUCGUAUAACAGAACAACUAUCAUGGUUACAAUCAUGGUUUGAUUCAAAAGAAGUAAAUCUUAAACACAUGGAAUCUAAACACGUAACCGAAGUGGCAGAGAUUUUGGAUAGAAUCAAACAGUUACAAACUUUACGCCACCAAAUGUCAAGUCAACAAAAAAAUAUUAUUCAUCUUCAAACUAAAAUUCAGAGUUUAGAAGAAGAAUUUUUGUAUACAGAAGAUUGUCCUUAUUCCGAAAAAAUAGAAACUCUACAAGACAGAUGUGAUGCUUUAGUACAAAUUAUUGAAAUACAAGCUCAGAGAAUACAAGAUGCUGGUUUUGAAUUUGAAUUAAUAUGCAAUUCAAAUUCAGAAAAAACAGAUGAAAAACUUUUGGAAGAUAGUUCAUUUGACGAUAAUUUAAAUAUGUUGGAUGUUGAGGAAUUUGGUUGGAAGCGUAGAAGGAAAGGUGGAUCAUUUCAAGAAGAUGAAUAUGAUAAUGCUACAUCAAACUUAAGUAAUUGGUUAAAAAGAACUCAAAAAUUGCUUGAUGAGCCUUUAGAAGUAGAAGAACAAGCAGCAUUAUAUGAAGAUAUAAUGUCUGAAAUUGACAGUCAAAAAUCUCAAUUAGAUUUUGCUAGUAAAUUUUUUAAAAAUAUUGAAAGUAAUAAUACCCCAUUCCCUAGAGUAGAUCACUAUAAUAAAUUAUGUGCAGAAUUUAGUGAUUUGGAAACUUCUUUGGUUACAUUCAAAAAUAAAAUUAAAUAUAACCUUGAAAAAAAACAGACAUCAAAAGAAAUGAACAAUUUAAAAUUAAUAUUUGAUGGAUAUGCUAAAUGGCUGGAUAGUGGAAAUUGUACAUUUGAACAAAUAAAGGUAAAAUUAAAAUCAUUAAAAUCUCUUGAAGAGCGUAUAACUAAACUACAUACACAUAGUAAACUAUUGGAUUCCAAUGACCCUAUAAGAAAUGAAGUUGAAAAAUGUGUAUCUAGUUGGAGUUCUUUGAACGAAAAAUUUUCAACUUAUGAGUUACAAGCAAAGUUAUCACAAGAAACCAAUUCCAACAUAAAAUUUAAAGAAUCGAAAGAAGAACUUACUGGCUGGAUUAAUAAAUUGGAAGGAGUAUUAUUGGGUGAACCAGUUCUAAUGAAUUAUUCAAAAAUUUUAACAAAUCAAUUAGAACAUUUAAAGGAAAUGCAAAAGUCAGUAAAUGACCGUCGUGAUACUCUAGAAAUGGUAAAUACACUCGGGCAAGAUAUUUUAGAAAAGCUAAAUAGUGAUGUAGCUGCAGAACGGUUAACUGAAGACCUUCAAGAUUUAAACACAAGAUGGAGUGAUAUUCCAGUACUGUUAGAUGAACGAAUUUUGAAGUUACAAAAAGAUUUGUUUCUAGUCCUUGAAUUAGAAUCUAAUUUCAGAACAUUAGAAGAUUUAAUGGAACAAAGUGAAGAUCUGUUCAAUUAUUAUAAUUCUCAAAGUGAUCAACCAGAUUUAAAAAUGAUAAAUGAUGUCUGCGAUUCUGUAUCUCAAUUAUAUGAGAAACUGCAUGGUGAUAUGAUAAAUAUAUUAGAGUCAUCAGUGGAUACAAAAUUUAAGAUUGAUAUGAAUCAAAAAUUAGAGUCUAUUAAAGAAAAGUUGAAUACAAUUGUGAAAUUUAAAGAAGAUAUUGCUAUUGUAGGAUUAAAAACUAUUGAAAAGGAUUUUAUUGAUGUAAAAAAAUGUGUAUCUGAAGUAGAAAAAUGUCAUUCAUAUCGAGAAAAUGAUCCUGUAGGUUCAGCUGGCGAACUUAUAAAAUUAAAGAAUAAAUACCACACUCUGCAUGAUAAACUUUUAGAAAAUAAACCAAAAUUAGAAAAACUUGAACUCAGUCAAGAUGAUAAUGUUAAAAUGUUAGUUUUGAAGUGGAGUAAAGUUUUUGAUGGUGUACAACUUAUAAGAAACCGUUUGCAACAAGAUGUACAACUACAUUCUGAGUUUAAAGUUUUAAUGUCUCAAGAGAAUGUAUGGCUUGACAAAUUAGAUAAAUGUCUUAAAAAAAGUGUGAAAACAAUAGCAACUGAUGCGGAAGAAAUAUCUGAAGAACUUGAUGACUUAGAAAAUUGCCUCAGAAAUCAUCCAGAAUCUAGAGUUGAUCGAUUAAAUGAAAUUGGUGCGGUGCUAUCAGAUCACAAUGUAAUGGCAUCUAGUAUAAAAGUAGAUUUAGCUAAAGUCACAUCACGUUGCAAAAAACUUACAACUCAAGCAGAAGAAAAAGUUAAACGUUUAGAAGAAAGCAUUGAACAAACACAGAAAUCUGAAAAUUGUAUUGCUGAAUUUCAACAAUGGCUUGAAACUACUGAUCAACAACUUACAUCUCGGAUUCAAAAUGAUUUCUCGCCACAAGAUCUACCUAAUGAUGUUGAAAGAUUAUCAAAUGAAUUCCAAAAUCAAGCUAAACUAUUGCAUGAUAUGGAAGAACAAAUUUGCAACUAUGAAAUAGCAAAUAAAAAAGAAGUAGCAAAUCGUCUAAAAGAUCAGCUUUCUCUAUUAAAAAAACGUUUUUAUCAGCUAGAGGAGAAAUUUGAAAGAUAUCAAUCUCCUGGAGAUUUACUAACUCGUGCUACUAGAGUGUUGAGAGAAUUACAAGCUAUUGAAAAUACUAUUUGUCUUUUAGAGCUGGCCUCUGACGAUCCUGAUAGUAUUAAAGGACAAUUAGAACAAUGUUUGAAAAUGAGUUCUACAUUAGAAAGUUUAAAAAAUGAAGUAGAAUUUGUGACAAGUUCAAAUGAAACUUGUGAAAAUCAACUACAACUUGAAACUAUAAAACAGAUGUAUACUAAGUUGGUAGCAGAUAUUCAUGACACAAAACAUAAGCUGGAAAAAGGCUUAAAUGCUUUAGAUUUUCUUGACACUAAUAUUAAUAUUAUGUCUAACUGGUUGACUGAAGUGGAACAAAAAUUAGAUGAAUUUGAAAGUACUCAAUUACCUGAUAAAAAUGUAGAAGUCACUAUGAAAUUUAUCAAACACACAUUAGAUGAAGAUAUUAAAAAUUGGGAAAAGGUUAAAAAUUCAAUUUAUGCUUGUUAUAUUGAAUUUAAAUCUCUUAAAGACCCUUUGUGUGAUGAUGAUAUGUAUCGUGAGCGUUAUGAUAUACUUUCUAGUAGAUGGAAAUCAGUUCUAAAUAAACUUCAAAAUAAUUCAAUACUACUGAAGGAUAUAUCUACAAUAUCGACUAGUGAAAAGUUAGAACAGUCAGAUAAAUCCAUACAAUUUAAGGAAACUUCUGUUCCCAAAAUAACAAUUACCGAAGAAGAAAGUAAAAAAGACCAUAAAGCAUUAUUGCAACAAAAUGAAGAAGAUGAUACAUUCCAAUUAACUAAAAACAGUAUGUUAUUUUCACAAGUAUCACAAGUAGAUCCCUCAGUUUUUCAAUCUUUUGUGAAACCUAAAUGUGAAAAUAAUACACAAGAGUGUGUCAUGGUUGAGGUUAAAGAACAUGAAAUACUUAAGUCAAGUGUUAUUAGUCAUGGUGAAGUAACUGCAGUUCACCGUGUAGUUCCUGAGGGUUAUGCAGAAAUGGUUGAGUUAUCUGAGGAUACAGAAACAGAUGCAGAUGAAACAGAUGAGGAAAAAUGGCCUCAAAUUGUAUAUAGAAGAAAAAAUACAGAAAAAAAAUCAUGUUUGAGCCCUUGUGAAAUUUUAGUCAAGCGACAAAAACUAGCAUCAAAUGAUUCAUUAAAGUCUAGUUUAGAAAGUUUACAUAGUAAAGAAUAUAUUCCAUCCUUAGAAGAAGAACAAAAAAAUCUUACUGAUUCUGUUUGUGUUAAAGUAAACAAAACUCAUCAUACCACAAUAACUGCAUGGCAUAGUCCAAAAUCUGAUAAUAGUAAAGAGGUUAUACUACAUAAAGAAAUAGAACUGUUGGAUACAUACAGAAUUAUUGGAGCUGAUCAUGAUGUAAAUAAUUCAAAUGCAUUUAAAAACAUUCCUGAAGAUAAUGAUAGUUUUUAUGGGAGUGAUAAAGAAACUGAUGACAUAGUAUUAUUUUCUGAAGACGAAGGGCUCAAUGAUAAAUAUCCAGAUUCUAGUUCAUCAGAUGAUGAACAAAUAACCGAGGGUAUUUUAUUUGUGAGGCAGAAAGCUGAAAAAUUAACUGCAUCAAAAUCACCAAAUACAUCAAUAAUGAAAAAUCUAGAUGUAGAUAUUGAAAAAUAUGAAAAUGAAGCAAAACAAAUGUUGACGAGGAUGGAAAUUACAUUAAAAGACCUUAGACAAUUAAAUACAGAAUCAGAUCCAAAUAAGCGUUAUGAGUCUGUUGAACAAGAAGUUAGUAAUAUAGCACCAGAUGCAGCCACAUUAAUUAGCAAAGGUGAUAGUCUUAUACUUGCAAGCCAUACGGGAGAUCCCUCUAGAACAAGCACAUUAUGUACUUUAAUUCAAGAUAGACUCAGAGUAAUGUGGACUCACAUCAUGUCAGAAAUAGAAAUAGUAAAACUUCAGACACAAAUGUUAAAGAAACAAGUGGAAUCAUUUAAUAAAAUUACUCAAGAUAUUGAAAACUGGAUUAAUCAUAAGCACAAUAAUUCAGAGGUAUUCGAACGAGAAAUCAAUAUCAAAUAUGUUAAUUUAUUAGAAUUGGAUGAGAUAAUAUUAGAUAUUGAAGCACUAUGUUGUGAUAAAGGUGCUGUUAAUAAAAUGCGAUUGAAAAUUGUAGAACUUGAAAAUAAGUUAAAUAAAUUAAGUCCUUUGUCUCAACAACAAAAGGUCAACAUACCUGUAGAAACUUUAUCUCAAAUAGAAGAUACAAGAACAAAUUUGGGUUCUUUAUUAAAACAGUUGAAUUUAAUACCGUUAUCAAAUAAUUCUGUUGCUCUUCAAAAUGCUAAGAUUGAAGAUAUUCAAAGUAAGACUGAGGUUUUGAAAAGAUCUAUUGAAAAAAUAAGUUCAAAAAAUACUAAUGAUGAAAUAUUUGUGCAACGAAAUAUUGAAAAAAUGAUGGAUACGUGGGAAAUGCUUAAUAAAUGUGUGAUUGAACGGACUGGACAACUAUCUAGCAUACAAACAGAAGUUACCAACUUACAACAAAGCGGUAAAGAACUUUCUGAAUGGUUAGCAGAAAUUGAAAGUGAUAUGGAAGAAAAUAGUUUGACAAUGACAUUACAAGAGAAAAAAAAUAAGCUACACAAUUUAGAAAAAAGAGUGUCAUCUAGACAUAGAACAGUUAUAAGUUUUCUAAACUGUUCACGAACCUUAUGGUCACAUUCAGACAGUUUCCAAUCAGAAGUUGAGAGCCUAAGAUUAAGAUGGCAAGCAGUUUUGAAUAAGCUGACAUUACAACGAGAAAGGGUAAAUGAAAUGGAAAAAUCUAAGUCUGAUUUUUCAAAUGUUAUAUCUGCAACUAAAGUCACUAUUGAUCAAACUUUAAAUGUGCUUCAAGCUACACAAGCUAAUCCUUCAGAAGUUGAUUCACUAAAUUCAAAAAGUUGUUUACUAAAGUCCAAAGAAACAGAAUUAUUAGCUCGAAGAAAAGAAUUAGAUGCUAUUAAUUCGAAAAAAUUGAAACAACCUAAUGAUCUUGAAUCAAUUAAAUCACUUCUUGAUAAGGUUAUAUCUGAUUUGUCAGAUAAUUUAGAAUGUUUAAAUGGAAAAUUAAAUGCUUUAAACAGAUUUAUAAGUCAGCUAAAAGAGUUAAAURAUUGGGUUGUUGUAAAAAAAUUAGAAGUAGAAGAAUUUGGUCAAAAACCUAUUWCAGAGAGAAAAUUAGCAACUGAAAAAUUACACUCAAACUUAUCAGAGCGAAAUGCUGAAAUAAAAGAUAUUUUAGAAAAUUUUACAAAUAUGGAAAAACAAUGUGAAGGAAUUGGUCAGCCUGUAUCUAUAGAUUUGCAAGAUAAAGUUAAAAAUCUUAGAGACAAUUGGAAUUAUUUGAAAAAAGCGGCAGAAGAAAAAUCUCCAUUCAAUUCAUCAGAUGCACUUCUCAAUUUAUUAGCUAGUUUCGAUAAAUCAAUUCUCCAAAUUUGUGAUUGGCUGGCUUUAGAAGAAAAGAUGUUGCGUCAACAAUCAGUUACUGUAGGGGAUGUUGACGAUAUACUUCAGCUCAUUGAUAAACAAAAAAACGUAUUACGGGAGUUGGAACAAAAGAAGCCUCAAUUAGAUGAACUAGUUCAUACUGCUGAAAACCUUAAAGCUGAUUCAAAUCGACAACAAUUACAUGGCAAAGUGACUAAAUUGCGUGAACAUUGGGAUGAAACUAAUAAUAAAGUAAUGCAACGCAAAACUGAAUUAAAUGCAAUGUUGAGUGAUAGUCAACGUUAUGAAACAAAAAAAAUGGAAAUAGAUACUUGGUUAACUAGAAUGGAGAAUAGGUUACAGCGAAUGAAUUCAGUCGGCAACACAGCGGAUGUAUUAGAUGCACAACAGAGAGAACAAAAAUCAUUCCAUGUUGAGUUACAUCAAUACAAACACCAGAUUGAUUUAUUUAAUCAACUUACACAAAAAUUAAUUGCAGUUUAUCAAAAUGAUGAUACUUCCAAAAUUAAAAAAUUAACAGAACAAGUACAUCAAAGAUUCCAAAACCUUAAUUCAAACAUUAUAAGUCGAGGAAAAGUAUUGCAUUCAGCAAUAAACUCCCUACAAAAUUUAGACAAAUCAUUUGAAAACUUUUUAGGAUGGUUGUCUGAAGCAGAAUCAUCUAUGGAAACAAUUGAAGCAGAAUUUGAUAGAUGUAAUACACUCAAACGUGAAAACACUACAGCAAUGAACCAACUGAAAGAAUUACAGCAAGAAAUGGAAACGAAAAGUCAAUCAUUAAACUCGCUUGAUACUAGUGGAAGAAAACUUCUAGGAAGUCUGUCGUCACAGGAAGAUGCGGUAAUGCUUCAAAGACGAUUAGAAGAAAUGAAUCAGCGUUGGAACCAAUUGAAAAAUCGUUCUGUGACUAUUAGAAAUCGACUGGAGAAUAAUACGGAACAUUGGAAUACUCUUUUACUGUCGCUAAGAGAGCUUGUGGAAUGGGUAAUAAAAAAGGACACAGAAAUUUCAAGUUUUGGUCCUUUAGGCAACGAUUUGGUUACGCUACAAAAGCAACARGAUGAUCAUAGAGGAUUCCGCAGGCAAUUGGAAGAGAAGCGACCAGUUAUUGAUUCUAACCUACGUAGCGGUCGUCAAUACAUUAACAAUGAGUCUCAAAUUGCAUCUGCCGUAAAAAAUGAAGAAAUUAAUAACACUGGAGAUUCUAGAGGAUAUCGUAGUGCAGAAGAACAAGCACGUGAUUUAACAAUAAGUUUGAAACGUGAAGUUUUGCGCGUUUCUGAACAAUGGAACUCUUUACUUCAACGUUCUGAUCAGUGGCAACGAAGCCUAAAUGAUUCAAUUAAGAAAAUGCAAGUGUUCCAGAAAAGCUUAGAGGACUGUACAUCAAAAUUAGCUAGUGUUGAGGCUAUGUAUAAAUCAUGGCAAGCAUCAAACACUGGUGACUCUACAAAAGGUCUUCAAGAACUAAGGCAAUUUGAAGACAAAUUAAAUCCUGUACAACGGUUAUUGGAAGAAGUUAACGAUCAAGCUUGCAUACUUGYAUCAAACAAUGUAUCCAUAUGUGUAUCCAAUAAAAAUAUGUUACAAGAUAUAAAUAAUAGAUGGAAAAUUUUACAAUUAGCAAUGGAUAAUAGGUCUAAACAAAUUUGUGGUACUGGGAAAAACACGAUUAACAAUAGUAAUGGAACAUCACCUGCUAGUCAUAGCGAUGCAUCCACUUCAUUAUUGUUGAGUGGAUCAGUAGAACCUCCAUGGAAACGUGAAAUAACUCCAAAUAAGGUUCCUUAUUAUAUUAACCAUCAAUGUGAAUCUACCAAUUGGGACCAUCCAAAAAUGAUAGAACUAAUGUCAUCGCUGUCAGAAUUUAAUGAUGUAAGAUUCUCUGCCUACAGAACUGCUAUGAAAUUGCGAACAGUCCAAAAACGCAUGUCUCUUGAUCUAUUGACUCUCGAAGCUGCCUUAGAAUCAUUUGAUAACCAUGGUCUACGUGCUCAAAAUGACAAAUUAAUAACUGUAUCAGAAAUGUUAACCAUUCUAGGAUCUAUUUUUGACACACUAKCAUCUCAACAUCCUUCUUCAGUACAUGUUCCACUCUGCCUUGACUUAUCUUUGAACUGGCUGUUAAACGUUUAUGACAGCCAACGUACAGGUCAAAUCCGUGUAUUGUCAUUUAAAGUUGGUCUAGUAUUAUUAUGUAAAGGGCAUUUAGAAGAAAAAUACCGUUAUUUAUUCAGAUUAAUAGCUGAUCCAAAUAGACAGGUAGAUCAACGCAAAUUAGGUCUCUUAUUGCAUGAUUGCAUUCAAUUGCCACGCCAAUUGGGCGAAGUAGCAUCAUUUGGUGGAUCUAAUAUUGAACCAUCUGUUCGAAGUUGUUUCCAAAAAGCUGGUAAAGAUAAAUCUGUUAUUGAAGCUAUGCACUUCUUAGUUUGGCUACAACAAGAACCACAGAGUAUGGUAUGGCUAGCUGUGCUACACAGGCUAGCUGAAGCUGAAUCAGCAAAACAUCAAGCAAAGUGCAACAUUUGCAAAACAUAUCCAAUAAUUGGUUUCAGAUAUCGGUGCUUAAAAUGUUUCAAUUUUGAUAUGUGUCAAUCAUGCUUCUUUUCUGGUCGUAAAGCCAAUCACCAUAAACUUACUCAUCCAAUGCAAGAAUAUUGUACUACAACAACAUCCGGAGAAGAUGUUCGAGAUUUCACCCGUGCCCUUCGUAAUAAAUUCAAAUCGAAACGUUAUUUCAAAAAGCACCCGCGUGUUGGAUAUUUACCUGUUCAAUCAGUAUUAGAAGGUGAUGCUUUAGAGAGUCCAUCUCCAUCACCGCAGCAUUCUAAUACUCCUUCUACUAUACCUGAUGUACAUAACCGUUUAGAAAUGUAUGCUUCACGUUUAGCUGAAGUUGAAUAUAGAGCACGUAGCAAUUCUACCCCUGAUUCUGAAGAUGAACAUCAUUUAAUAGCCCAGUAUUGUCAGUCAUUAAAUGGUGGGUCUGAAACUUUACCAUCUGUACCAAGAAGUCCAGUUCAAAUAAUGGUUGCAAUUGAUGCAGAUCAACGACAUGAGUUAGAAACUAUGAUAAAAGAAUUGGAAGAUGAAAAUACACACUUGCAAGAAGAAUAUGAAAAAUUGAAAACUGGAACUGGCAGUAAAGGAUCUUACAAUGUUAUGCCCAAUAAUAAUGGUGAAGUUGAUAUGGUAUCUGAAGCAAGAAUGUUACGCCAACAUAAAGGUCGCUUAGAAGCACGUAUGCAAAUAUUAGAAGAUCAUAACAGACAAUUAGAAGCACAAUUACAAAGACUUAGACAACUAUUAGAAGAACCAGCAACAUUCCAAACAAGAUCAGUGACAGCUUCUCAAUUAGCGUGUGACUCUCCUUUGCAAAAUUCUGACAAAUCAGGAAAUUGGUCAGAAAACAACAGUCGUAAUACUUUGGAGAGACCACCUCCUCCACCAAUAUCGGCCUCUCAUCAUGCUGUUGGUAAUCUACACCAUAUGGCAGGUGACCUAGGUAAAGUUGUUACUGAACUAGUAACUGUCAUGACAACAGAUAAACAUGAAAAUUAAGAGUAUAUUAUGACAUUGUAGUACAAUAUUAAUAGUAUUAUUAUUUAAUUUAAGUAUUUGUUAAAUAUGAAUGUAAUAAUUAUAUGUACUUACAUA